CCGGGCUGCCUGCGGGCCCGGUAGGGCACACCUGCCUCCCUUCAGUGAAUGCUUUCCUGCUGCCUCCCUGUUUACUCCCCAAGGCGGAGGGACUGGAACAGUCAGGUGUGACCCAGCAGGUGGAGUGACUGAGCUGGCCCGAGGGCAGCCCCAAUAUGAACUUGAGUGUGGGUGUGGGUUAAUUUGGGUGGGAACUACCUGGAGACUACCAUCAAGACGUCCUGCGCCUCGCUGGUGGGGUGUGUGCAAAGCAAGCAGAAUAAAUAGGAGACUCCCUCCUCCCGGCGACACUCAGGGAGCUGUGGCCGCCACCCUGGGUGUUUGCCUGCCCUGUAGCCAGGGUUCCAGCCUGAAGAGUAGUUUCGUUUCCUUCUGGCUCCAGGAUUCGUUUCCAGCCCCCCCCCCCCCUUGGACGCCCGUGGCCUGGGAACGCGGCACAGGAGGAGGAGGGAGGCUGGUCUAGGGCCUGCCCGGCCCCGCAGCGCGGGUUUGAUGGACCGCACCGCCCGGGGCAGCGGCGCCAACUCCCUGCCACGGCUCCUGGCACUGGGUCUAGUGAUCCUCCACGGUGUUCUGGCAGAUGGGAAUUCAUCCAGAAGUCCUGAAAACGAUGGCCUUCUCUGUGGAGGUGCUGGAGAAAACUGUGCAGCUACCACCACACAAUCAAAGUGGAAUGACCACUUCUCUCCAUGUCCCGAGAAAUACGAUCAUUACUGCCUCCAUGGGAGAUGCCGCUUCGUGGGGGCCCUGCAAAGACCCUCCUGCCUCUGUGAUGAGGGCUACACUGGGGAGAGAUGUGAGAGAGUUGACUUUUUUUACCUGCGAGGAGACACAGGACACAUUUUGGUGAUUUCUCUGACAGCAGCUAUGGUGACCAUGAUCGUCCUGGUGGUCGGCGUCUGCACAUGCUGUCAUCCUCUUCGAAGGAAAAAGAAAGAAGAUAUAACAAAUCUUGGUAAAGAUAUAAAUCCUGUAAAUGAAGAUAUUCAAGAGACUAGUAUUGCUUAAUGAGUCUAUGAAGGUGCCUUCAGGCUGGUGGCAAGAUACAAAAUGCCUUGUUCAAUUGAAAAUGUACAGAAUGUAUCUCAGGAAACAAGCUAACAAAAUGAGUUUUAAGUCAUGUAUUUACGUUUGUAAUAGAUUGUGCUGUUUACUAUUGUUCUUAUAAUAAUAAUAAAUUUUAUUAUUGUUUAGUAAUUGGGGAAAAAGCACCCAGUUAAUAUGAGAAAUAUUUAUCAACUUCCACUUAAAUUUUGUCAUCAGGAUCACUAAACAAAAAGGAACAGUAGGAAGGAGUUUAGAUCUUAGAAAUUGCGUUAAUAAUACAUCUCCCAUUCGUACAACACCAUGUGCUGAGAGUUUGAAAUAUAUUAUUUCCUCUAAUCCUUUCAAGAACUUUUGAGAUAUCUAUUAUGAUCCUCACUUCCCAUCUAUGGAAACAGACCCAAAGAAGUCAAGUAAUUUAAUCCAGAUUUGCAGAGUUAGGAAUUGGUAGAGCUGAACCUGAAACCAAGUUUACCCAAUUCAACAUUUGUGCUCUGAACCAUCAUUUUCAUUCGUUAGACUUACUGCAACCUAACUCACUAACAUAAACCAAACACUUUUCCACUGAACUGUGUUUUGCUGUGACUGAGAUGCUGGCAUCAUUUUCCUGCAGAAACUGAGAAUACAGAGUCCUGAGCAUACAUUACUGUUAACCACCGUGUUUUCUGUAUCACUGAAUCACUGACUUGUAUUAUGUUUCUUUGCUCCCUUAUAAAUGCCCAGAGGCAUGAAUAAUUCUUACGUUAAUAAAGCAAACAGAUUUUUGCCCCCUAAGGUAAUGAAUAGAGGUAUGGAAAGGAAAUGCCUGACAGUCUUUAAGCUCCAGUGCUCAUGCUCACUAAAGUAUUAACAGCAUCACCGGAAGAUGCUGUUGAUACCAGGAUAAAGGUCAAUGAGAGCAUAGCAGAGCCCAGGCAGAGACUGGUUAUAACCACAUCCUCAUUUUUGUUCUUCUAAUAAGCAGUAACUGUAUUUACUCUCAGGUGAACAUUGCUGCAAUGAAAUCAGGUCUCUACAUCUAUUACUUGAGACCAUCUUUCCAAAUUCUCCUUUAACUCCCUAGUACACUUAAUAAGGACUUUUUAAAAACUGAAAAAGCAAAAUCUACAUUUAGAAUAUGGAACUUUCUAUAUUGCCUGGGUAGAUCUUUUACAAAAACAGAUGAAAGAUGUUCCCAAAUUAUUGUACCUUGGCUGUUGCACCUGUCAGCCAAGCAGCUUCCCUUCCAGAAUCUCUGUAAAUGUUCCUGUAAGUGUAGACUUUAUGUACAAAGUGAAGUGGAGAAUUCAGACAAAAGGUGAAGUUGUGUAUCACCUUCUCUCCUGCAUUGCGUUUUACGUGAGACUGAGGCUGUGCCUCUGUGUAACACAGACAUAGCUCCAAUAACAAUGAGAGCUAACUCAAACAACAGAUAAUGUACUAUAUCUAUUUUUUCUCCUUACUGAAUAACAAGCCUUACAACGGGAUUAUAUACAACUACUUCAUGUUGUAAAUGUUUUAUUUCUAAGUCUCCAUAUGGACUGAUUUCAUGCCCUUUCUUUGACACUAAGAAUGCUCACAAAUGCUUGUUUGAGCAUUAAAAAAUGAUAAGGUAUACAUGUUUCUUCUUUCCUGAACACAUGUUGGUUGACCAGUGGAAUCUCUCAAGUCAGUUCAGACUGGAGAAUUUUGUUUUGACUUUGAACUGUUAAUGUUAUCUCUUGAAAGUUGGUAGGCCUGAUGUCAACGAAGAACUCAAAGGACUUUCAUAUCUUUUCAACAUGUAUUUAUAAUUGUUUUGAAUAUAUUAAAUGACCCUGGAUAUAUAAG